AUGCGUCUGUUUCUUGGUCUGUUUUGUCUAUUUUCUCUCGGAUAUUCCUUUAAUUUUCUAGUGUAUUCCCCGUUAUUUGCACAUAGUCAUUCUACUUUUUUCGGAACUAUUUGUGAUUUUUUGACUGACGCCGGACAUAAUGUGACCUUCUUCACCCCCACAAUCGUGACCAAGUACCGUAACAUCAGCUACACAAAAUCUACAAAAGACGUCGUUCACAUGGACCCAUCCCAGAAACUCAAAGAUUUCGGUGAUCAAUUAUCAUCCGGGGAUAUUUCCAGAUUCUGGACCGAAGAUUCAUCAGCGACAGAAAUAAUUCCAGUAAUUCGUGUUUUUCAAAACAUGUACAAUGAGCAAGCAGAGGUGAUGAAGAACAAUUUGGAAAUUUUGGACGAUUUGAAGCGUCGGAACUUUGAUGUCAUGAUUUUCGAAGCCUAUGUUUUCUCGGCGUAUCCACUGAUGGACUAUCUCGAUAUCAAAACCUUCAUUCCAUCUCUCUCGGUUACUCACAACGUCGCUUUGUCUGAAUCCAUUGGAGAACCGGCGAUGCCAAGUGUGGUUUCUGAUGGAUUACUUCCCCAUGGAGAGAUUUUAUCAUUUUGGGAGAGAAUCGUCAAUGUUCUAGUGGUCAGAUCAAUCGAUUCCAUACUUGGUUACCCAGUUCAUAGAUCCUUUAAACCCCCUUUCAAUGUCAUUGACAUCAGACACAUCGAACCAGAUGCCUCAUUCGUCUUUAUCAAUUCUAAUCCAUUCUUGGAUUUCCCGAGACCAACGCUAACAAAAACAGUGGAAAUCGGGGGAAUUUCUGUGGAUGUUUCCAAAAUUAAAAGCGAGAAAUUGUCAAAGAAAUGGUCCCAGAUCCUGAAUCUUCGAGAAAAAACGAUUUUAGUUUCAUUUGGAUCUUUAUUACUUUCCAAGGAUAUGCCAUUGGAGAAUAAAAAGGCUUUGGUUAGAGCGAUGAGGGAAUUUGAAGACGUCACAUUUAUUUGGAAAUAUGAAGAUAAUGAUUUUGAAAGAUUUUCUGGAGGAGUUGAGAAUAUCGAAUUUGCGGAAUGGGUUCCACAGAGAGCGUUGUUGGCCAAUCCUCGACUCUCAGCUUUUCUAACUCAUGGUGGUUUGGGAAGUAUCAAUGAGCUCAGCUACUUGGGAAUACCCGCGAUUCUGUGCCCCCUAUUUGCCGACCAAAUGAGAAAUACAAAAAUGCUCACAAGACACAAUGGGUCGAUAGGAUUCUCCAAAUAUGAUUUAUCAAAUUCCAAGAAAAUCGCCGAGGCUUUUCAAAAGAUUCUAUAUGACGAUUCAUAUUCUGAAAACUCCAAAAAAUUAGCUGAGCAAUUGGCAAAUCAACCCAUCAAGCCGAAAGAUUCAAUGGUCAAACAUGCUGAAUUUGCAGCGAGAUUUGGCCGUCUUCCUUCCCUGGAUCCAUAUUCCAGAAAAAUGGGAUUUAUUGAAUAUUUUAUGAUCGAUGUUGCGUUUUUCUGCACUAUCAUUUUAGCUAUGAUGGUUUUUGUGAUCAGAAAAAUUGUUGGGAAUUUUCAUGUAAAGAUUAAAAUUGAAUAA